AUGGCGGACCCCUCCGGGAAGACGUUCAUCGAUCUGAUAAGCUCCGACCCGAAGUCGAUAUAUACACCUUCUUCUACAACGCCACAGCCUUCAUCCCCGUCGUUUCAGCUGCCUCGGAGCCCGUUUAAGAAAUCGGCAUUACCAACAUUAAUGACCAUCGGGGAUUGGAAAUACAAGAAACCGAAUUUGAUGCAGAUCCAAAACGAUGCCGUAUCUGCUGCUAAAGCUGCUGUUCGUUUGCCCCAGAAAGAUGGGAAAAAGCCAGUUUCUUAUGCACUACUUGCAAGGAGCAUCCAUGAACUAGCUGCUUCAUCCGACCAAAAAAAGUCUCAAAGGCAGUUAGUGCAUCAUGUUUUCCCGAAACUUGCGGUCUACAACUCUGUUGAUCCAUCUCUGGCACCAUCUCUUCUCAUGCUUGGUCAGCAAUGCGAGGACAGGACUAUUCUCCGCUAUGUGUAUUAUUACUUGGCAAGAAUAUUAUCGGAUAUUGGUUCUCAAGGUUUAACUUCAGGUGGUGGGAUUCCUACACCUAAUUGGGAUGCUUUAGCUGACAUUGAUGCUGUUGGUGGGGUUACUCGAGCGGAUGUUGUACCUCUAACAGUAGACCGGCUUUCUAGCGAGGCACAAAAUGCUGAUGUGGAAUUUCAUUCACGAAGACUUCAAGCACUCAAAGCUCUUACACAUGCACCUUCAACUAGUUCUGAAAUCUUGUCCAAGUUGUACGAAAUUGUCUUCGAUAUUCUUGAAAAGGUUGCCGAUGCACCUGAUAAGCGUAAGAAAGGCAUCUUUGGGGCAAGUAAGGAGUCUAUAAUUGGGAGUAAUCUGCAAUAUGCUGCCCUAAGUGCCUUGCGAAGACUUCCGCUGGAUCCAGGAAAUCCUCUUUUUCUCCAUCGUGCUGUGCAGGGAAUUUCAUUUGCUGAUCCAGUGGCUGUUAGACAUGCAUUGGAAAUGACCUAUGAGCUAGCUAAAAAAGAUCCUUAUGCUGUUGCCAUGGCUUUAGGGAAGCUUGUCCAACCUGGUGGAGUUCUACAGGAUAUUUUGCACUGUCAUGAUGUUCUUGCUAGAGUUGCCCUGGCCAGGUUGUGUCAUACAAUAUCUCGAGCUAAGUCACUAAAUGAAAGGAUGGACAUUAAAUCCCAGUUUAAUGUUUUGCUGUAUCAACUCCUUAUUGAUCCCAGUGACACAGUUUGUUUUGCGGCUAUCACUUGUGCACUGGGAAAGUCUGACAAUGCAGACAGGACGGAGGGUCGAGCUCUUGGAUGGUACAAUUUGACCAGGGAAGUUAUCAAAGUACCUUAUACAAAGGAUAAAUCAAAGAAAAAAUGUCCGCAGCUCCUUAUCAAAGUUGUCAUGACAAGGUUGAAAACUUGUUUCCGUAGUUCCUCCCGGCCUUUGCUUCAUGCAGCAGCGAGAGUUGUGCAAGAGAUGGGGAAAAGUCGGGCAGCUGCUUUUGCUCUGGGUCUACUGAAUAUUGAAGGGGAUGUUGUCAAUACAUUUUCCGAAAGCAAUGACUGGGAUCAUGGAACCUCUGAAUCUGAAGAUGGCGAGGACACAAUUGGGAGUUUAUUAGCCUCAUUGAUGGAGGUGGUGCGGACAACCGUGGCAUGUGAAUGUGUUUAUGUUCGUGCUAUGGUGAUUAAAGCACUGAUAUGGAUGCAAAGUCCUGAGGACACUUUUGAUGAACUUGAAUCAUUGAUUGCAUCAGAGAUUUCCGAUCCUUCUUGGUCAGCAACUUUGUUAAAUGAUAUUUUGCUCACUUUGCAUGCUCGUUUCAAGGCUACUCCAGAUAUGGCUGUUAUCCUUCUUGAAAUAGCAAGAGUGUUUGCUACUAAAGUGCCUGGAAAAAUUGAUUCUGAUGUGUUGCAACUUUUGUGGAAAACAUGCCUGGUUGGAGCUGGUCCAGAGGGUAGACAUACAGCUCUGGAAGCUGUCACAGUAGUUCUUGAUCUGCCACCUCCACAGCUUGGCUCCAUGUCUGGGCUUACCUCAAUCGAUAGAGUUUCUGCAUCGGAUCCAAAGUCAGCUUUGGCUUUGCAGAGAUUAGUUCAAGCAGCAGUGUGGUUCCUUGGAGAAAAUGCAAAUUAUGCUGCUUCUGAAUAUGCUUGGGAGUCAGCAACCCCUCCUGGGACUGCGCUGAUGAUGUUGGAUGCAGAUAAAAUGGUUGCAGCAGCUAGUUCCYGUAAUCCAACUCUAGCUAGUGCACUGACUCGACUUCAAAGAUGCGCUUUCAUUGGCAGCUGGGAGGUCCGUAUUGUUGCUGCUCAAGCUCUUACUACCCUGGCAAUAAGAUCAGGCGAGCCGUAUAGGCUACAGAUCUAUGAAUUUUUACAUGCUUUAGCACAAGGAGGCGUGCAGUCUCAGUUGUCAGAUAUGCAUAUCAGUAAUGGUGAAGAUCAAGGAGCUAGUGGUACUGGUCUCGGAUCUUUGCUAAGUCCUGUGCUGAAGGUCCUUGAUGAAAUGUAUAAUGCACAAGACGAAUUGAUAAAGGAAAUGCGUAACCAUGACAAUGCGAAAAAGGAGUGGACUGAUGAAGAACUUAAGAAGCUUUAUCAAAAUCAUGAAAGGCUCCUCAAUCUGGUUUCGUUAUUUUGUUAUGUUCCAAGAGCAAAAUAUCUACCUCUUGGGCCAACUAGUGCCAAACUUAUUGACGUCUUUCGUAAUCAACAUAAUGUUAGUCCAUUGAGUGGCACAAAUGAUCCAGCUUUUGCAGCAGGACUUUCUGAACUUAUAUAUGAAGCAACUAAACCAGCACCUGUGGUGGAGCCUGAAAAUUUUGAUGACGAUCUGGUAAAUGCUUGGGCAACUGGUCUUGCUAAUGACGGUUUGUGGGGAAAUAAUGCUCCUGCAAUGAACAGAGUCAACGAGUUUCUUUCUGGCUCUGGUACUGAUGCUCCUAAUGUUGAUGAUGAGAACAUUUUUGCCAGAUCUUCCAAUGAUGAUAUGUGGGCAAAAACUCUUUUAGAGCCAUCAGAACUUGAUGAUGACGAGUCAUCUAGCUCUUCUUCCCCAGACUCGCUAGCUUCAGCUGAAACAUCCAUUUCAUCUCAAUUUGGUGGAAUGAAUUAUCCAUCAUUGUUUAGUUCAAAGUCACAGCUCAAGGAACCAUCGGGUCCAAGCAGCAAUACUGCUACUUGUUCCUCUUUCUAUGAAGAUUAUGGUUCUCCGAUUAGAGAAGAGCCAACUCCAUACUCAUCACCUUUUCACCAAAGUUACGAAUCAUUUGUGAAUCUCUUAGCUGGGACGGAUAGUGGCUAUAAAUACAUUGAUGAGGACCGAUCCUCUUCUGUGAACAUGGAAUUUGGAACAGCACUUUUUGACUUCACCGCUGGUGGUGACGAUGAGUUGAGUCUAGUUUCCGGAGAAGAGCUUGAAAUCGAAUACGAGGUUGAUGGAUGGUUCUAUGUGAAGAAAUUACGCCCUGGCUGGGAUGGGAAAAUAGCCGGACUGGUUCCCGUUCUCUAUGUGAGCAAAUCUUGA